AUGGAUAGGCAGAGCCCAGGAGAGAAAGAGGCACAGACUAAUAGGGCUGUUGCUGCCACCACCCCCACCACAUCAGCUGUCAUCACCAUGGCAACAGUCAGCUCCGGAAACCCCACGUGCACCCAGGCGCUCUCUACUACACUGAGCAUUGUCCCGCCUGACAGGCAGGCAGUCCAGGUGAUCCAGCAAGCCAUCCACAGACCUCAGACCAUGGCAGCCCAAUACUUGCAUCAGAUGUACGCAGCCCAGCAGCAGCACCUCAUGCUGCAAACAGCAGCCCUGCAGCAACACCAGCACACACCCCAUCUGCAAAGCCUGGCCACCAUACAGCAGGCUUCAAUCUUAGGUCGAAGACAGUCACCUUCAUUGCCUUCUUCAUCCAAUGGGAGCCUGCCUCAGCCUGCUGGUGCAUCCCAAAACUCAAUCACUUUACCAGCUUCCCCAGUAGCGGCCCAGCUGAUUGGGAGGACACAGACUUCUAGUUCCACUGCUGCAGGGAGCACCAUAUCCCAGCAGGCCAUGCUCUUAGGAAAUCGACCAGCCAACUGUAACCAAGCUCAGAUGUACCUUCGCACUCAGAUGGUUCAGAACCUGGCUGUGCGUGCCCAUCUACCUGCAGCUCUGACUACAGCCCAGAGUGUGUUCCUGAAGCCCUCCUCUCAGUCCCAAGCCAUGGCUCCUGCCACCGCCUUGUCCAAAAUGUCCAUCUGUGCCCUCAAAGCCAACCAGCACCCUGACACAACAACAGAGACAGGAUCUGAGGCUGGGCAGGCUGAUGUCACUCAUCUUACCCCAGGGCCCCAGAUUAUAGCCCCAGUCCAGCCCCAUGCUCUGGUCAAGCAGCAGCUGCCUGGCCCUCCCAGCCAGCACGGGGCGCAACACUCCCACCAGCUCAUCCUCCAGCAGGCCACAGGUGGAGCUUCGAGCCACAGACAGCUCCAGCCAAUUGCUCUGAGAGUAGCGCCCCAAGAAACCAAUUGUACCCCACUUCCUCUAUCAAUCAAAAGACUGGCCACUCCCACCUCAGCCAUCACCCAAUCACAAGCCAGCAAUGACUCCCCAGCCCUGUCCUCUUCUUGCAUCACCUGCAUGUCUGCAUCAUCUGCUCAGACCUCAGCUCCAGCAGCCACCACUCAGCCACAGCCGCCUCCUCUGGUAGCUGCUCCCCAACGACGGACCUCCUUCCCCCAAGUUCAAAACCAGCCUCCACCUCCUCCUCCACCCCUGGUCCUGCCCAGGCUGCCCCAGAACCCUCCAGCCUCACUCCAGAGGCAGUCGCUGCUUUCAGUCCAGGCCCUGGCAGCCCAGUCAGGCCAAGUGCUGCUGACAGAGGAGGAGCUGCCUGUAGCAGAGGCCCUGGUCCAGAUGCCCUACCAGAGCCUCCCACCUCCUCAGACGGUGGCCGUGGAUCUGAAGGUCCAUCCUGUCAGGCACACUGAAGCUCCAGCGUUGACGCAAACAUGCAAAAUAAAUGGACUGAGCUCAGGGGAGAGGAAAGAGGAACAUCUUCCCAGUCCACAGAGAGACAGGAGCCCCUCACCUGCCAAGAUGUCUUCUAGAGAGAAUGGCACAGCUGCGACGGGUUUGUCCCGCAUCCCAUCCGGUCACUCAGUGGUCCAGUCAUCAGAAGUGGAGAAACCCUCGCACAGCACCAGCAGCAGCGACCCUCCUCCUCCACCAUCUCCUCUACCUCCUCCCAUCCUGCCCGAUGUGGUAGGAGGUCUUGGCCAGCCCCCUCUUGCCCCAACCAGCCUCCCAGGAAGCCCCGACAGCCUGUUUAGACCCCACAUCCUCACACACCUCAUAGAAGGCUUUGUCAUCAGAGAGGGCCUGGAGCCGUUUCCGGUGGGCCCCUCCUCACUCUUAGCGGACCAGCAGGCAACACUUCCUGAGUCCCAGGAGAUCCAGGCCAACGGGGAUGCAGCACCUGAGGACAGCCCGCUGGAGGCCGAGCAGUCAGACUCAACAGACUCAGAGAUGGAAAAUGAUGCCCCUGCAGCAGAUGAGCCAAAGGAGUGUGUGGCAGAUGUGCUGCAGUGCGAGUUCUGUGGGAAGAUGGGUCACGUUCACACGUUUCUGCGCUCCAGACGUUUCUGCUCCAUGACUUGUGUCAGAAGGUUCAGUGUGAGCUGCACCAAGCGUGUCACCCUGUUGAAAGCAGGGCGCUGGGGUCACAGGCCCAUGGGCAGGAGAGGCCGACCCCCCGGCAGAGUCAACGGGGCAUCAAGAGAACAUUUCCUGAGACAGGCCCACAGGUCAUUUUGCUCUGAGGAGACCCAGCAAGCCCCACUGAGGGAGGUGGAGGAGGAGGAGGAGGAGGAGGAGGAGGAAGAUGCGCCUCCUGUUCCCAUGACCACCAGGCUCCGCAGGCAGGCAGAGAGUGGGCGAGCACAGCAGAAAGAGAGGGAGCAGGAGCAGAGGAUGACUGAAACAGCCAGCGGUUCAGACGGAGAGGAAGACCUCUGUAGCCCGUGCCAGUGGAAUGUGGAACAAGUGUGCUCUUAUAUCAACUCCCUGCCCGGAGGUCGGGACAUAGCCGAGCAGUUUCGCUCCCAGGAAAUAGAUGGACAGGCUCUGCUGCUGCUCACAGAAGACCACCUGGUCAGCACCAUGAACCUUAAACUGGGACCGGCCCUAAAACUCUGUGCUCAUUUUAAUUCCCUGAAGGACUCGCAGGCAAUCUAGCAUUCCCAGAUCGGAUGGACUGGGUUAGUGCCGGGCUGGACCAAGACAGUUAAACAGAAGAUUUUCUCAUCCUCGACCUCCACCAGGACAAACAGGAAAGAAACACUGCCUUCAGGUUGUGUAAAUAAUGCAACCUCAUUACUUAGACGGAGCCUUUGGCCGGAUAAAAGGCAAAGAAAAGGAACAUAAUCAUUAGAGCACAGAGAACAGUUGCAUUUCCCUGAGACCACUGCCAAGAAAUUUUUGCUCUUCAGACCUCAUCUGUUCCAGCUGUUGGUUGAUCACAGUGCAGUCCACACACUGACACCAGUGAUUCCAAUGUAAUGAGGAACAGCUCUUUUUGUCAUCAGUCGGCUUUGUGUUGUAGUGAUUGUAGCGAUUUGGCUCCAGUUUGCCAUUUGUUUCAAAAUGGUCUAAAAAGUUCUUUGUAUCAUUUGUAAAAAUCAAAGUUUGCAAAGAGAACAUUACAUUACACAGAAACAAGACUGCAGUACAAACUCGAGAGUUUACAAAACAGAUGAUUGUAUAUUAUCUUGAGAGAGGAAUUUGAUACACUUUACAGCAUCAAACAAGUGACUAUUAUAAUGU